AUGUCCUCCCAAAAUCUACCAAAUGGCCAAAAUAUCAAAGACAUCUCAGGAUCAGUGGCGGUGAUCAUGGUGCCUCUCCCGGCUCAAGGCCACCUCAACCAGCUCCUCGAGCUCGCCCACCUUGUCACCUCCUAUGGUUUCCCCGUCCACUACGUCGGCUCCGCCUCCCACAACCACCAGGCCAAGCUCCGCUUCCAUGUCCCGGCCUUAAAGGCGCCCGGCGACAUCCGCUUCCACGACUUCCCAACCCCGCCCUUCCUCUCCCCUGCCCCGAACCCGGAUUCUUCUCACAAGUUCCCGUCCCAUCUCCUGCCAGCGUUCCAUGCCACUUCAUCGCUCCGCGGCCCCAUCGCCUCCCUCAUCCGCUCCCUCUCCUCGGAGUUGAGGCGGGUCGUUGUAGUGCAUGACUCGAUGAUGGCGUCUGUGGUCCAGGACGCUGCGUCAGUCCCCAAUGCCGAGACCUACAUCUUCCACUCGGUUUCUGCAUUUGCGCUUUAUUGGUACACGUUGGAGGCCACGGGGAUGGGGCUUCCGCCGGAGGAGGAUGUCGAUGUAACGGACCUCAUCUCGUCCAAGGGCUUACCGACCCUCCUGGACAUCUUCACAGACGAGUUCUUGAAGUUCAUGGCGUCACAGCACGAGUUCAUGAACUUGAGCUUGGGGAGCAUCUACAACACAUGCAGAGUCGUUGAAGGCCGUUAUGUAGACCUAUUUGCCAGCGCAACCGCGAGUGGCACCCGGACUAAGCACUGGGCAAUCGGGCCUUUCAACCCGGUCAAAGUACCCGAGAAGAAGUCGAGAAAAUCUGCUCACGUAUGCCUGGGGUGGCUCGACAAGCAAGCGCCAAACUCGGUCAUAUACGUGUCGUUCGGCACCACGACGGUGCUGAGCGACGAGCAGAUCCGCGAGAUCGCGAUGGGGUUGGAACGUAGUGGACAGAAGUUCAUCUGGGUAUUGAGGGAAGCUGAUAAGGCGGAUAUUUUCAGCGGAGGAGUAGAGGCGAGGAAGAUCGAACUGCCCCAAGGGUUCAAAGAGACGGUGGAGGCUCGAGAUUCAGGCGUGGUGGUGAGGGACUGGGCGCCGCAGCUCGAGAUCUUGGGGCAUCCAGCGACCGGUGGGUUCUUGAGCCACUGCGGGUGGAACUCUUGCAUGGAGAGCAUCAGCAUGGGCGUGCCGAUCCUCGCGUGGCCUAUGCAUUCGGAUCAGUCAAGCAAUGCCGUCCUGAUCACGCAAGUCCUCAAGAUUGGACUUAUGGUCCAGGACUGCAUGAGCCAAGACAAGGUCGUCAAGUCGUCCGCGAUCCAAGGUGCUGUGGAGGCGCUCAUGGCGUCGGAGCAAGGGGACGAGAUGAGGAAGAGCGCGGCGGAGUUAGGAGCCGCCGUACGGGGGUCCAUGGACGAAGGCGGAGUUUCUCGGGUCGAGCUGGACUCUUUCAUCACUCAUAUCUCUAGAUAA